AGCCUGUUUCUACUGAAGAAACUACUACCGAUGAGCCUACCACCACCGAAGAGCUUACUACUACUGAAGAGCCCGCUCAUACCGAAGAAUCUACUACCGAUGGGCCCACUACCACCGAGGAGCCUACUCCUACUGAAGAGCCUAGUUCUACCGAAGGAUCUACUACCGAUGGGCCUACUUCCACUGAAGAGCCUGCUUCUACCGAGGAACCUACUACCGAUGGACCUACAACUACCGAAGAGCCUACUCCUACUGAAGAGCCUGUUUCUACUGAAGAAACUACUACCGAUGAGCCUACCACCACCGAAGAGCUUACUACUACUGAAGAGCCUGCUCAUAACGAAGAAUCUACUACCGAUGGGCCUACUUCUACCGUAGAGCCUGCUCCUACCGAAGAAUCUACUACCGAUGGGCCUACUUCCACUGAAGAGCCUGCUUCUACCGAGGAACCUACUACCGAUGGGCCCACCACCACCGAAGAGCCUACUCCUACUGAAGAGCCUGCUUCUACCGAGGAACCUACUACCGAUGGGCCCACCACCACCGAAGAGCCUACUCCUACUGAAGAGCCUGCUUCUACCGAAGAAACUACUGCCAAUGGGCCUACUUCUGCCGUAGAGCCUGCUUCUACCGAAGGAUCUACUACCGAUGGGCUUACUACCACUGAAGAGCCUACUCCUACUGAAGAGCCUGCUUCUACCGAAGAAUCUACUACCGAUGGGCCUACUACCACCGAAGAGCCUACUCCUACUGAAGAGCCUGCUUCUACCGAAGAAUCUACUACCGAUGGGCCUACUACCACCGAAGAGCCUACUCCUACUGAAGAGGCUGCUUCUACCGAAAAAUCUACUACCGAUGGGUCCACUACCACCGAAGAGCCUACUUCUACUGCAGAGCCUGCUUCUACCGAAGAAUCUACUACCGAUGGGCCUACUUCCACCGUAGAGCCUGCUUCUACCGAAGGAUCUACUACCGAUGGGCCUACUUCUACCGAAGAGCCUACUCCUACUGAAGAGUCUGCUUCUACCGAAGAAUCUUCUACCGAUGGGCCUACUACCACCGAAGAGCCUACUCCUACCGAAGGAUCUACUACCGAUGGACCUACAACCACCGAAGAGCCUACUCCUAGUGAAGAGCCUGCUUCUACCGAAGGAUCUACUACCGAUGGACCUACAACCACCGAAGAGCCUACUCCUACCGAAGGAUCUACUACCGAUGGACCUACAACCACCGAAGUGCCUACUCCUAGUGAAGAGCCUGCUUCUACCGAAGGAUCUACUACCGAUGGACCUACAACCACCGAAGAGCCUACUCCUAGUGAAGACCCUGCUUCUACCGAAGGAUCUACUACCAGUGGACCUACUACCACCGAAGAGCCUACUCCUACUGAAGAGCCUGCUUCUACCGAAGGAUCUACUACCGAUGGGCCUACUACCACCGAAGAGCCUACUCCUACUGAAGAGCCUGCUUCUACCGAAGAAUCUACUACCGAUGGGCCUACUACCACCGAAGAGCCUACUCCUACUGAAGAGCCUGCUUCUACCGAAAAAUCUACUACCGAUGGGCCUACUACCACCGAAGAGCCUACUCCUACUGAAGAGCCUGCUUCUACCGAAAAAUCUACUACCGAUGGGCCUACUACCACCGAAGAGCCUACUCCUACUGAAGAGCCUGCUUCUACCGAAAAAUCUACUACCGAUGGGCCUACUACCACCGAAGAGCCUACUCCUACUGAAGAGCCUGCUUCUACCGAAAAAUCUACUACCGAUGGGCCUACUACCACCGAAGAGCCUACUCCUACUGAAGAGCCUGCUUCUACCGAAAAAUCUACUACCGAUGGGCCUACUACCACCGAGGAGCCUACUCCUACUGAUGAGCCUGCUUCUACCGAAGAAUCUACUAUCGACGGGCCUACUACCACCGAGGAGCCUACUCCUACUGAAGAGCCUGCUUCUACCGAAGUGUCUACUACCGACGGGCCUACUACUACCGAAGAGGCUACUACCAGUGAAGAACCAAUAAGUAGUGUAGAUCCUGGUACUACUGGAGGAUCCAUUACCAAUGAAGGACCCAGCUCCACACCAGUACAUAGCACUACUGAAGGACUUGUUACUAGCGAUGAACCCAGCGUAACCAACACUACCACUGAGGAUCCAAUUUCAAGUUCAACUACACCGAAAGAACCAGAGCGUUUUCAAUGCCCUUAUGAAGGUUUCUUUCCGCGUGCUGAUAGCUGCAACAGGUUCGACUACUGUACCAAGUACAGAGGAAAACUAAGGGACUUCGAUCUUAAGUGCCCUAGAGGUCAAAAGUUCAAUAAGGAUACCUUAUAUUGUGAUCCAUCGAUUGAUUGUAACAAAAAUGUCUCCCAAACGGAAAUUCGGCACCCCAAGACAUUCGAGUGUCAUGUGGACGGCAUUUUCCCACAUAGGAGCGAUUGUACUAAAUACUACACUUGCACGUGGAACAGAAAUCAUCAUACAUAUAUGCAAACGCCCAGCGUUUGUCCACGUGGAUUGGUCUACCGACUUGACAUUCGAGCAUGUGGCUACGAGGGGCUACUGACUUGUAUAUUCCGACCGGAAGGCUCCAAACAUCACAAAUCUUGGGGUGUGAAUUCUUCCUAAACCAUUGAACUGAGGCGAGAUACUGCUAGUUAUUUCACUGUACAUAACCCACCAGUAGUGUAUGUUAAUUAUAAAUAAAAUUGUUUAAUUCAUUAAUUUAAGGU